CUCCGGAUCUUCAGCACCGCCCCCGGCGGGCGCCCGGCUACACGCGGCGGGUCGGGCUUCCCCGCCGGGAGCUGCAUGGGAGUGCUUCUCCACCGGCUACGGUCGCGCUCCCCCCGCUUGCCGCCUGCCUGAAGGAGGACGGCGGAGCAUGCCACCGGCGGGGCGGUUCCGCGGGGACUGACAUGCUGCUGAAGGAGGGCAGGCGCCAGCCCCUCCGCCUCUCCCCGCGGUAGCGGAGGCGAUGCUGCAGGGCGCUCCCCCGGCUCUCCUGCAGGCGCCAGGCUAUCGCCCACAGUAGCCGCGCUCGCUACCGUGAGCGGCGCGGCUCCGGCCCGGCCGAGGCGACGAGCGGCGCGGGCCUGCACCCGUGCCCGGGGCGGCGGCGGCGGCGGCGGGGAAGGCGCUGCCCGCGCCCGCGGGCGGCUCCGCGCGGCGGAUGCGUGUGCAUGAGCGCUGCACCGAGCGGGCGCAGGAAGCGCCCCCGCUCCGCCGCCUCCAUCUUCCAGGGCAGCAGGACCUCUCCGCACGGCCGCGACAGCGAACGGCGGGGCAGCGGCUCCGAUAGCGCCUACCAGAUCCAGAGAACCCUGGACGACUGUAAGAUGCUUGUCCAGGAGUUCAAUACCCAGGUGGCUCUCUAUCGGGAGCUAGUCAUUUCUAUUGGGGAUGUCUCUGUCACCUGUCCUUCUCUACAUGCGGAAUUGCACAAAACUCGAACCCGGGGAUGUGAGAUGGCCUAUCAGGCUCAUCAAAAACUAGCAGCAAUUUCGGGCCCAGAAGAUGGUGAAAUCCAUCCUGAAAUCUGUAGACUAUAUAUCCAGUUGCAGUGUUGCUUAGAAAUGUACACAACAGAAAUGCUAAAGUCCAUAUGUCUUCUAGGAUCACUGCAGUUUCAUCGGAAAGGAAAAGAACCCUGUGGCCCACCCAAGAUCUUAGAUACCAAAGUGGAGGAGAGUUCUGAAGUACCUAUUUUAGAAGACACAUCAUUAUCACCAACAGAUAUUCAACAGCAUCUAUGGCAGGUUUCCACAGAUAUUGAAAACACUGAAAGAGAUAUGAGAGAAAUGAAAAACCUUUUAAGUAAACUCAGGGAGACUAUGCCUUUACCACUGAAAAAUCAAGAUGAUAGCAGCCUUCUAAACUUGACUCCAUAUCCACUGGUAAGGAGACGGAAGAGAAGAUUCUUUGGAUUGUGUUGUCUGGUCUCAAGUUAGAAGAUUAAGCACAGAAGCACCAAGGAAACCCUGACUUUGAUUAAACCACUAUUAUUUGACCACUGAAAAGAUGAAAGUGGCUAAUCUUGAUUAUAAAGUAUAUUUUCUACACUAGGCUAUUCAUUUUUGUCUUCUGCUCCAUCCCUCUUUUCAAAUAAGGAUUUUAAUACUUUCAAAUUCCGGUGGUCAAAAAAUGGCUGUGGAAUAGAUCUCGAAUAUUUUAAAUAUUUUAAAGUAUGUUUUGCAUGCUUACUUUCGAUCACUCAAGAAGACACAUGAAUUAAGGUUCAUAGAUAAUUUUAGAGGGUUUUUUUAAUUGUUUGAGCUGCAGCUAAAAGUUUGUGCAUAGUACUGUACUCUUACUAGUAUCAUACUAAAAUCAUACGCUAAAAGUCUUUAAGCAUAGGAAACUAUUUAAGAGCAAAACUAUUGAAGUUCUAAGACAUUCAAACAAUAUUGUAACAGAACUUGUACAAAAUUUCCAGUUGCUUUUUGUGCUGUCAUUCAUAUUUAGUCUUCCACUGUAUCUCAACUUCAAAGCUUUAUAGAAAAAUAUCUUAAUUUAUGAUACAAAAACCAUAUAUGAAAAUAGUUAGGACUUGUAAAUACAGAGAAAUUAUAAUAUCUACAAACUGUACAAUGCUUAGAAGCGACAGAUUCCCUUUUAAGCCAAUAGUAUAUCUACAAGCUUCUGGGAAAAAAAAAUACAUUAAAAGAAAGUGUAUUAAAAUAAACAAUGUAAAACACAACGCCAACCCAUUUUGUUGCCAGUAGAAUUCAGAGCAUAUCAAGUAUUGAUCUUAUAGGGCAUGCCAGAAUUAUCUCAGACUCUAAGAUAUUAAACGUUUUACAUUGUUAAUAAAGUUUUUUAUUUAAAUUAAAUGUUGCCUUGUUUCUAGUUAUAUUGCCAGACUAUGUAUUUUUUUCUACUUUUGUUGUCAGAGGCCUACACAAAUUUGUGAUGGUAUUUCCAUUUUCUAAUUUCCAUUUUCCAAUUUUCCAUACAAGUAUGUUUACAAAGAUAGAUUUAAAAAAUAUGCAUUACUAAAUUCUUUAAAUAGCACAAAAAAGGUAAUUUCAAUGUGUUUGAAGAUUUCAGGUCAUGAACUAUUCUUAGGCGUACAUAUUCUUAAGCAUCUGAAAUGGGGAGAUCUCUACACACACAAAACUGCUUGUGAGAGCAAACAACAUUUUUAAGAAGAAUGGAAUGGGAAUCCACAGCACAAUGGUUUUUUAGAGUUGAUUCUUUCCAUUUUCUGCAUGUUUCUCAUGAAUCUUGUGCUCACUAAUCAGAGCUGCUGUCUGUAACAGGCAGCACUGAUGUAUUUUCAUUUGAAGUCUCAAAGCAGUAGAGUCAUUCCCAAAUGGCUCAAUCACUAAAGAUACACUAGGUUUUGCAACUGUUAAAACUUUGGAAAAACAACAAAAAAAGACAGACAUUAAUUCCAAAAAAAAGUGUAUGAAUUCAAGACUGAACGUAAAGUGAUGCCAUGAGCAAGAAAGGCAGGAAAAAAUUUCACAUGAGCUUUCUUUAAAAGUUCUGUUUUAUUGGUACACCAGCGAUUCAGAUGGGCAGAUACAGCAGUGACCUUGUCUAAUUCAUUACCUGCCCACAUGUCAUCACAAGGAAUUUCAUAUGCCAAGUUACAUGGCAGCUUAUAUCUGUGUUUUAACCACAGCUGUUGCAAUGGAAUAUUCAUUAGUAAGACAAAUAAACAUAAUUAUUAAUAAAUUAUACAUAGAUAUUUAUAUACAUUAUAUACAUAUAUAUACACAUUAAUGUAUGUAUAAACAUUUUAAUUAAUAUUACAGAACUUUUGACAUCAGUCAUAUCACAAUGAGUUCCCUAACAUUUUGUGAUUGACUUGGAUAUGUUGUCUUCAAAGCCCUUUGAGAUUGCAGUAAAAUGAAGUGUAUAGUAUGUAUCUUUUGUUAUUCUGGAAACUUUAGCAGUGUUUUUUCCUCAAUUAAAGACUACUAAAAUCACAGUC